GAUGAAGCUUGUUUGAGGAGGGGUCUGAGAUGAAGCUUGUUUGAGGAGAUUGUAUCUGCAUUUAGUGUUGCUCUUUUUUGUCUCUGUGGUUUGAGAGAAGUUGCUAGCAGGAGGGUUCAAUAAAAAUAACCUGGUUCUCCAGGAUCUGGAUAGUUUUAUUGGGCACAGAGUGAGGGGAAAAACUGCCUAGCAUUUUUGCUGCUUGUGAUUAGCAUUAGCCCCGCCUCCAGACGAUUCUCAUUGGCCCUUUCUUUAAUAACCGUGAAAAAGAAUAAUUAUCUCUCCGAAUGUGAAGACUUCCGGCAGAAACAGAGCCAGAAAUAAACCCUCCCACAGUUUAAGUAAGCCCCGCCUCCUGAUGAUUCCUAUUGGUGGGUUUUUCUGAAAGGCUGAUCAGGUGAGUGUUGUUGCUAACCGUGAUGCUAAUUCUCCUUGUAUAAACCAUGUUUAUUUUUACUUUCGCGAUCAGGAAUGGGGAAAGAAAGAAAAGCCUUCCUGGUAUUUUUCCUGCCUUGAGCCGGAAUAAGCCCCACCCCCUGAUGAUUCUCAUUGGUUCUUUCCGAUCUGAGGAAUUAAUAAGAGACACGUGAAACAGAUCAGUGUAAAAUACAGAGAUGUUAGCAGUUAGCAGUGCUGUUACUCUGUGUGCGCGAGCUAAUUCUUAUUCCUGACAGCGCGAGAAAGCAACGCCUUCCCGCCAAUUUUGAUCACCACGAGCCCUGAAUAAGCCCCGCCCCUGCUGGUUGUUAUUGGUCGCUGUAAGUAGCCAAUCAGAAUCGCCUGUGGUGUGAGAGGAUGUUUGAGACGCUCAGGUCGUCAGUCAGCGGUAAUACUGACUGCGGUGUGGAUCUGAUCCACACACACACACACACACACUGCGGAGAGCUUUAAACACCGUCACACAGCUUCUGGAACACUGCAGGAGUGUGUGAGAGGAGAAACGCGACCAGGAGGUGAAAGAAAAGGAUUUAUUUCUCAUGUAGAAUGCGGCAUGAGGAAUACACGGUGAAACACCGAGCUCGCGCGCUUAAAGUUACACCAGACUGAUGAUGAUGAUGAUGAUGAGCACUUUGAAUUUACUGUCCAUGCAAAUCAUUUCUCAUGCCCUGUCACACAGCUGGAGAUGUUCCUCUGCACGUGCUGAUCAGGAAUCCGGCUGGAGCGAAUGGGACUGAGGAACUUCACAGCACUUCAUCAUCCAGCGUCAUGGACAGGGGGGUCAUUUCCAAAGCAGCCAGCCUCCGAGCUCUGUGAGAGAAGACAAGACAGUUCUGAGGAAUGAUUUAAUGUCUGUUCAGGAUUCCUCCUAAUGCUUCACAUGUCCAUGAAUGAGAUCUGAUCAUCUGAUCCUCAGCACCCUCAUGGAUGAGCACACGCACCUCAUUAUAGGGUUCCUCUGAUGUUCCUCCGUUGUGAAGAUAAGCAGUUUUUUAAUAAGCAAUAGAUCAUUGGUGUGACUGAGACAUGGAGGUUCAGGUGUUGGUGCUGGUGUUGGUGUUUGCCAUGCUGUGUUUGGAGUGUGUGUGGACGGAGGACAGGAUUCCCCCCUCAGACAGACACGCCGUUUACUGGAACAGCUCAAACACCAGGUUCUGGCACGGGGAUUACACCGUCGCCGUGAACAUCAACGACUAUCUGGACGUCUUCUGUCCAUACUACGAGGAGCCUCAGCCGCCCAGCCGGAUGGAGCGCUACAUCCUCUUCAUGGUGAACCACGAAGGCUACGCCAGCUGUGAACACCGCAUGAGGGGUUUCAAACGCUGGGAGUGCAACCGGCCACAGAACGCAGAUGGCCCGCUGCGCUUCUCCGAGAAGUUCCAGCUCUUCACGCCGUUCUCGCUCGGCUUCGAGUUCCGACCCGGACACGAGUACUACUACAUCUCGUCUCCUCACCCUAAUCACGCUGGAAAGCCCUGUUUGAAGCUGAAGGUUUAUGUAAAACCAGCAGAUGGUUCUGCUUUCGAGUCUCCUGAGCCGUUCCUGAUUGACGGCGGUUCCUGUAGCGAGCUCCACUCCUGUGUGUUGAUGUUGUGGGUGGUCGUGUCGGUCCUGAUGAUGAUGAUGAUGAUGUGAAUGUAGGGUUUGCAGAUUUAUUCCCUCCUUUUUGCCCCUCAGGGAAGUGUUUGCCCUCUAUCUGCCCCACACAUGGUAAAGAGCACUAAAGCUAAAACACUGAACAGAGUGGUCUGACAUGAGGAGCACCUUGGAUUAUCUUUAUUUUUUUUUGAGGUGAUGCAUGGAUCCUAACUGGAGCGGCGUCGCGUCUUUCUUCUCUUUCUCCAACACGUUAAUGGCAUUACAUCUCAGACUCUUUCAGAGGUUUUUACUGAUUCCUAGCCUGGACUCGCCUGGACUCGCCUGGACUCUGAGUGAGGUUUCCCUCUGACCCAUGACACCAAAGGACUUCUCUGAAGUUUUUGUUUUGGAAGAUUUCAGAACCAGCACCUCUGAACCCUAGCUGUAGACGUAUUCACGUGCAUGUGAAACACUGUGAGGAAAAAAAGAGAAAAUAAUUCUUACAAUAUUAAUAUUAAUCCUAUAUUUUUAUGGCUGAACAAUGGGACACAGAGCUGCAGAUGUUGUUGAGUCAGAAAAGGAGAGCGGUUGUGUUUCAUCUGUUUAACGUGAAAAUCUCCAGCAGAUAAAAAACACUGAGGCUUUUUGUAUUAUGUUUCAUGUUAUUUUUGUAGCAUUUAAGAGCGGCAUUAAUUAUUUAUGUGACAUGGGGAAAGGUUUUUAGUGUCUCGUGUGACGGUGAAUCAGCAGCUCUGAGAAACCUGCUCUCCUUCAGCUUCUCUCACCUUACAGUAAAAGCCCAGUCUUUAUCCCAGUUCCUGAAUCAUCCCAAUACUUUAAACUGGUGGAGAGACCACUGUGUUUUUCACACGUGUGGAAAGUCAUGUUAUAUCUCACGCACAUGCCUUUCCUCAGCCCCGUGAACCAGCUGGAUGUCUGAAAAAGUCAGGGCCAUCACACCCACCUGCUGACGCCCUCUCUCAGGACACGCCCACCUGCUGAUGCCCCCUCCCAGGACACACCCACCUGUCGAUGCCCCCUCCCAGGACACACCCACCCACUGACAUCCCUCCCAGGACACGCCCACCUGUGAACACCCCCUCCCAGGACACACCCACCUGUCAACGCCCCCUCCCAGGACAUGCCCACCUACUGAUGCCCUCACCCAAGACACACCCACAUGUCGACGCCAACCUCCCAGAGACAACCCUGCUUGCUGACACCCCUCAUGCUCUCCCAGGGACACACCCAACUGUCAACACCCCAAUAUGCCUGCCCACCCAGAGACACACCCACUGCACUCUGCCAUAUUGUGUUUUUCAUGCAAGCUUUUGUACAGCCAUCU